AUGACUUCCAACAUUGACCAGCUCAAGCGCCGAACCAGGGCUGAUUACCCAUACCUCCUCCAAUACCGAACACGAUGGACCGACAAUGAUAUGUAUCAUCACAUGAACAAUUCCAUCUACAACUUUCUUUACGACUCCGUCAUUAACACGUACUUGAUCGAGCACUGCGGCCUUUCCCCAUCGUCCUCCUCACAAUACGGGAUGGUAGUCCACUCACACAACGACUAUUUCGCGUCCAUUUCAUUUCCGGCUUGCGCUGAGCUUGCCCUGCGCGUCAAUCGCAUCGGGAACUCUAGUGUAACGUACGAGAUCGCAUUGUUUGAAAAGGGGCAUGUGCCUGUCAAGUCCGUUGGCGAGUUUAUCCAGGUCUUUGUUGACCGAGACACCGCGAGGCCAAACCCCAAGGGCAUGGACGCGAAAAUGCGGCAGGGCCUCGAGCGACUCCUCGUCCCAGCCUAUCAGAGCAAGCUUUAA